AUGUCUUCCUCCUCCGAAGUCAUUGGUACCGCAGAUGCGUCCUCUCUCCUUAACAUUAAUAUGUCGAACGUCACCAAGCUCACAGCCACCAACUAUUUGAUGUGGAAGCGUCAAGUUCACGCCUUGUGCAAGGGUUAUGAUCUCGCCGGUUACCUCGACGGCUCUGUGGCUGCUCCUGACGCUACGGUAACCACUGCUGAUGGCUCCACUGCAAAUCUGGCCUACAAACACUGGAUGCGACAAGAUCAGCUCAUCCUCUCCAGCCUUCUUGGUGCAAUUUCGCUCUCUGUCCAACCUCUUCUCUCUACCGCUGCAACAUCGGCUGAGAUAUGGCGCACUCUCGCCGAUACCUAUGCUAAGCCUAGUCGUACUCAUGUCAAACAGAUUCGUGAACAACUGAAGCAUUGGAAGAAAGCCUCCAGAUCGAUUGAGGAAUAUUUUCAAGGCUUUACCACACGUUUUGACCAGUUGGCCCUGCUUGACAAUCCUAUCGCCCAAGAAGAUCAGAUUGACUACAUCCUUGGUGGUCUUCCUGACGAGUACAAACAAGUGGUCGACCAGAUUGAAGGUCGCGAUACUACACCAUCGUUGACUGUUGUUCUAGAGAAGUUGAUCAAUCAAGAAUUGAAACUUCAAACGUUGCUCACUGUUUCCUCUCCGGUUCCAGUCUCUGCCAAUGUUGCUUCUCACCGAAGUAACAACAACCGUAACUCACAUCAGUCUCGUGGAGGUUCGUCAUGGCAAUCACGUCAACAGUCUCAGGGGCGUGACCGUGGCUCCAAUGGUCAUGGCUAUCAGGGGCGUUGUCAACUCUGUGGCACUCAUGGUCACAGUGCUCGUUGGUGUACGCAACUUCACUCCUCCGGUCGUGGGUUUGCGUCCUCUGGUGGAAACUAUCAAGCGUCACCCAUGUCUCCAUGGCAGCCUCAGGCGAAUAUGCCGUAUAAUGGUGGAGAAGACGUCACCAUAGCUGAUGGUUCGAGUCUCAAGAUUGCAAAUACUGGUUCUGGUGAAGGAUCUCAGCACGGGGAUCCGGUUACUCCAGGGCAGGACUAA